AGAUGCAUGAGUGUGAUGCAGUCCGGGACACAGAUGAUCAAGCUGAAGCGCGGCACCAAAGGACUCGUUCGCCUCUUUUACCUGGAUGAGCACCGCACGCGUCUCCGGUGGCGCCCCUCCAGGAAGAGCGAGAAGGCAAAAAUAAUUAUCGAUUCCAUUUACAAAGUCACUGAGGGUCGGCAGUCGGAAAUAUUCCACCGGCAAGCCGAGGGGAACUUUGACCCCAGCUGCUGCUUCACCAUCUACCAUGGCAACCACAUGGAGUCCCUGGACCUCAUCACCUCCAAUCCCGAGGAGGCCCGCACCUGGAUCACAGGCCUCAAGUACCUCAUGGCUGGCAUCAGUGAUGAAGACUCCCUCGCCAAAAGGCAGAGGACUCACGACCAGUGGGUGAAGCAGACUUUUGAGGAAGCUGACAAGAAUGGUGACGGCUUACUGAAUAUUGAAGAGAUACACCAACUGAUGCAUAAACUCAACGUCAACCUGCCUCGGAGAAAAGUCAGACAAAUGUUCCAGGAAGCCGAUACUGAUGAGAAUCAAGGAACUUUGACAUUUGAGGAGUUUUGUGUUUUUUACAAAAUGAUGUCAUUGAGACGAGAUCUGUAUUUGUUGCUCCUGAGCUACAGUGACAAGAAAGAUCACCUAACAGUGGAAGAACUCGCUCAGUUUUUGAAAGUGGAGCAAAAGAUGAAUAAUGUGACAGCAGACCAUUGUCUUGACAUCAUAAAGAAGUUUGAAGUUUCAGAAGAAAACAAGGUGAAAAAUAUUCUUGGCAUUGAAGGCUUCACCAACUUCAUGCGCAGUCCUGCUUGUGACAUAUUCAACCCCUUACACCAUGAAGUGUAUCAGGACAUGGACCAGCCCCUGUGCAACUACUACAUUGCUUCCUCCCACAAUACAUACCUGACUGGGGACCAGCUCCUGUCUCAGUCCAAGGUGGAUAUGUACGCCCGGGUGCUACAGGAGGGCUGCCGCUGCGUGGAAGUUGACUGUUGGGAUGGCCCAGAUGGAGAACCAGUGGUACACCAUGGUUAUACUCUCACUUCAAAAAUUCUCUUCAGAGAUGUGGUGGAGACCAUCAACAAGCACGCGUUUGUGAAGAAUGAGUUUCCGGUUAUAUUGUCCAUUGAGAAUCACUGCAGUGUCCAGCAGCAAAGGAAAAUUGCGCAGUACCUGAAGGGAAUAUUCCAGGACAAGCUGGACCUGUCUUCCAUAGACACAGGAGAGUGCAAGCAGCUGCCAAGCCCUCAGAGUUUGAAAGGCAAAAUCCUAGUGAAGGGCAAGAAGUUGCCUUAUCACCUUGGAGACGAGGCAGAGGAAGGAGAAGUGUCCGAUGAGGACAGUGCAGAUGAAAUUGAAGACGAGUGCAAGUUCAAGCUCCAUUAUAAUAACGGGACCACUGAGCACCAAGUGGAAUCCUUCAUACGAAAAAAACUAGAGUCGCUGUUAAGAGAAUCUCAAAUUCGAGACAAAGAAGAUCCCGAUAGCUUCACAGUGAGGGCACUGCUGAAGGCCACUCACGAAGGCUUAAACGUGCAUCUGAAACAGAGCCCAGAUAUAAAGGAAAGUGGAAAGAAAUCACACGGACGAUCCCUCAUGACAAACUUUGGAAAGCAUAAGAAAGCUGCAAAAUCACGUUCUAAAACCUACCUUCCAGAUGAGGAGGAAGAGAUCCAGCCGAAUGCCAGCAAGGAGAGUGGACAGCUGUACCGGUUGGGCCGUCGAAGGAAAACCAUGAAGCUCUGUCGAGAGCUCUCCGAUCUGGUGAUCUACACGAACUCCGUGGCUGCCCAGGAUAUCGUGGAUGAUGGGACCACAGGAAAUGUGUUAUCAUUCAGUGAAACAAGAGCACAUCAGGUGGUUCAGCAGAAAUCCGAGCAGUUCAUGAUUUAUAACCAGAAGCAGCUCACACGGAUUUACCCCUCUGCCUACCGGAUCGAUUCCAGUAACUUCAACCCUCUGCCUUACUGGAAUGCAGGCUGUCAGCUAGUGGCACUGAACUACCAGUCUGAAGGGCGAAUGAUGCAGUUAAAUCGAGCCAAAUUCAAGACAAAUGGCAAUUGUGGCUAUGUCCUCAAACCCCAGCAGAUGUGCAAAGGUACUUUCAACCCUUUCUCUGGUGACCCACUUCCUGCGAACCCCAAAAAGCAACUCAUCCUGAAAGUAAUCAGUGGCCAGCAACUCCCCAAACCUCCAGAUUCUGUGUUUGGAGACCGAGGCGAGAUUAUUGACCCCUUUGUUGAAGUUGAAAUCAUCGGAUUGCCUGUAGAUUGUUGUAAAGAUCAAACCCGUGUGGUGGAUGACAAUGGAUUUAACCCUGUGUGGGAAGAAACUCUGACAUUUACGGUGCACAUGCCUGAGAUCGCUUUGGUCCGCUUCCUUGUGUGGGAUCAUGACCCCAUCGGGCGAGACUUUGUUGGACAAAGAACUGUCACCUUCAGCAGCCUAGUGCCUGGCUACCGACAUGUCUAUCUGGAAGGACUGACAGAAGCAUCUAUAUUUGUCCACAUAACAAUCAAUGAAAUCUAUGGAAAGUGGAGCCCUUUGAUACUCAACCCCAGUUACACCAUAUUGCACUUUCUAGGAGCUACAAAGAACAGGCAGCUCCAAGGUCUGAAGGGACUGUUCAAUAAGAACCCCAGGCACAGCUCAGAAAACAGUUCGCAUUAUGUCCGGAAACGAUCAAUUGGAGAUAGAAUUCUGCGCCGCACAGCCAGUGCCCCGGCCAAGGGCAGGAAGAAGAGCAAAAUGGGCUUCCAGGAGAUGGUGGAGAUAAAGGAUUCCGUGUCUGAGGCCCCCAGAGAUCAGGACAGUGUCCUGAGGAGGACCACACGGAGCCUGCAAGCCCGCCCGGUCUCUAUGCCUGUUGACAAGAGCCUUCUGGGAGCCCUAUCCCUGCCUCUGCCCGGCCCAGCCAACGACACCGAUGGGAAUGCCAACUCUCUGGAAGACCAGGAUGAAAGAAGAAAAGGGAAAGAAAAUAUAAAAGAUCAAAAUUUCAACAAAAAACUCUCGUCUUCAUCCAGCCCUCUCCUCCACAAAGUUACCAGCCACGGAGGCCCAGCUGCAUCUACUGCCAAUCUGUCCAUCACAAGAGAACCUCUGGAAGUGUCAGGUUCGAGGGAUGGAAGACUCAAGUCAAAUGUGACAAAUGCUUGUCAGGAAAACCAUUAUGUCAACAAAGCCCUCUCCCCAGUGAAGUCUUUGAAUUUUGAUCCUGCAGUAAACAUUGCACAAGAUCUGUGUGGCAUGAAAACCAAAGGCAAUGGGAACGCGGAGGGCUUUGUGGAAGGGAGAGGCACCCUGGCCGGAGGCAUCCUUCCUCAAAGCAAUCUGGAGAUGAAUUGUCAGGAAGAAGACAGGGGGAAGGGCAGGCCUGCAGCGUGUUUUUCUUUAUCAGACAUCUCCACACUCUCAGCUGACAUGCCUGAGUCACAUUCCACAGCCAUUCUGCAAGACAGUGGGAUUUCUCAACUUAUUGACAAUGUUACUCUAUCAAAUGAGAAUGAGCCUGGCAGUUCCAUCUCGGCGCUUAUUGGCCAGUUUGAUGAGUCCUGCGAUCAGGCUAACCUCACAGUGGCUCUACAUCUCCAUAGUCCCAGUGCGGUGUCAGGCCUUCCUCCCUUAUCCACCAAUGGUUUAAAACCGCCCUGCAUGGAUGGUUUUCUCAGAGGGAAGCCCAAGUCAUCAUUCCUGCCCUCAUCUCCUGGGCCUGUGGCUUUCUCAGGUCCAGAGAGCACAGAACAUGCAAUGCACACAGUCAUUCACCCAACCACCUGCACGCCCAUCUCUAAACCCAAACUAGAUGACAGGCUCUCUGCUAACGCCAAGACAGAGAGUACAGAAGGCAACCUGCCUGCGCCCCCUCCGACUUCUCAUUGCUGGUUACCAACCAGUCCCAGCAAGGGAAAAGACUGGCAAACACUGAAAAACUGCAGCUCCAUCGCGUGCCCCAGUUUGAUACCGGACGUUGCUGCAGCUGAUCCCACACUCUGUUUCAAUUCUGCAGACAGCAGUCUUGUGGAAAUAGAUGGAGACUCAGAAAAUCUCUCCAUAACCACCUGUGACUCUAGGAGAGGGGCCUCGAGUCAGCCGGCUUCGCCUUUAAAGCCGAAGCCUGGCCCAGAGGUGGCGGGACACCUGCAAAAUGGUUUGAGAAAUGGCUGCUGUCAUGAGAUCGCCCUCGAUUCUGUCCCUGAAACAGUCCCCAGGAGUCACGAUGAUCAUUAUCAAAGUACUUCUUGGCUAGCCUGCCAGGGUGCUGGCUUUGCGCUUAACCACCUGUCAAAUCCAGGUUCAAAAACCAGCCUGGCGUGCGCGCCACUGGUGCACUGUGCUCUGGCUGUGCACGCUCCUGCGCAUGCUCCCACAGCGCAUGCUCCCACGGCGCAUGCUCCCUCUGCGCACGCUCCCGUGGCGCAUGCUCCCGUGCGUCCACCUGCAGCGCGCCGCCCUCCGCCCGCGCGUGCACUGCCCAGCCCGUGCAAGUCCAAGAGUCUGGGCGACCUGACGUCGGAGGACAUCGCCUGCAACUUCGAAAGCAAGUACCAGUGUAUCAGCAAGAGUUUUGUUACAACAAGCCCGAGAGACAAGAAGGGCGCGCUAGUGAAGACGAAGCUGCUGGAGCCCGCAGAUGCGCUGACGGAGCAACUGCGGAGGCUCGUGUCCUUCGAGCAGGAAGAUGGCUGCCAGGCGCUGUCUGCCAAGCACGAGGCGAACCAGCUCCCCCGGGCGCUGGUCCGGAAGCUGUCGUCCCGAAGCCAGAGCCGCGUGCGCAACAUCGCCAGCCGCGCCAAGGAGAAGCAGGAAGCCAGCCGCCAAAGAGCGGCGCCGCCCAGCGGCCCGGCCGGCGUGGUGCUGCGGCACAAGCCUGCAGCGCCCCCUGCCGUGGCGAACCGGCACUCCACCGGCUCCUACAUCGCCGGCUACCUGAGCCGCCGCCCUGGCGGCCUGGAAGGCCGCGGCAUCCCCGAGGGCGCAUGCGCAGCGCGAGGCUGCUGCUACGUGGACCCUUUCUGUUCCCACGCUCCCUGUUCCCACGCUCCCGUGCUGCAGACUGAGCCGAGCGCGGAGGGCAAGCCCGAGAUUUACUUUCUCUUGAGACUGUGA